AGUCACCUGCUCUGAUUAAAAGCAAAAUGUUCUCAAAAAUCGUCGCUCUCAGCGCUGUGUUGGCUGCUGCCAACGCUGGCCUUCUCCCUCUUCACCACGCCGCGGCUGUGUCUUCCCAAAGCAUCAUCCGCCACGAUGCGCCCGUACACUACGCCGCCCAUGCUCCAUUGAUCCAUGCCCCAGCGGUCCAUGCUGCCCCUAUUGUCCACUCUGCUCCCCUCGUACAUGCUGCUCCCGUUGUUCACGCUGCCCCCAUCGCUCAUCUUGCGCACGAAUACUCUCAUCCCAAAUACGACUUCGCGUACUCAGUAGCCGACCCUCACACCGGUGACCACAAGUCCCAGCACGAGAGCCGCGACGGUGGUGCCGUGCACGGAAGCUACUCCCUCGUCGAACCUGACGGUUCCGUCCGCAAAGUAGAAUACACCGCCGACGACCACCACGGUUUCAACGCCAUAGUACACAAGACCGCUGGUCAUCACCCUGCCCCCGUGGUCCACGCUGCCCCUAUUGUCCACGCCGCACCCGUUGCGCACAUUGCCAUCGCCCCUCUCGCGCAUGGCCAUCAUGGUUUCCAUUACUGAACGACAAUAGCAUAACUUACUGAUAUGAUCGUGACGAAUGACUGAUGAUUGUGAUAUUUAUGUGUGUUUAUAAUUAUGAUUGAUAUAUGAACUUAAUACUCACUUGUAAAUAAAUAAUUUGCUGAUGAAAAA